CACACACACACACACACACAGACACACAGACACACACACACACACACACACACACACACACACAGACACACACUGAACUGAGAACUAAAUUUGGAACCAUCCGGUCAAACAGCCACCUGCUCGUGUCUGUCACUGUCGUACACACUCGGGCACACACACACACACAUACACACACACACACACACACACACACACACACACACACACACACACACACACACACACACACACACACACACACACACACACACACACACACACACACACACCAGGCACAACAGUUCCCACAGUGUUCCAGGGAGAGUGAACCGGGAGAGUGCACAGGGAGAGUGUAAAGGGAGAGAGUGAACAGGGAGAGUGCACAGGGAGAGUGUGAAGGGAGGGUGAAGCCUUUAGCGGGGAUUGCGUUCGUGGGAGCAGUGCUGGUCCUCGGGGCAGAAUGUCUGGGAGCCGACCACAGCAGGACCUGGCGCUCAUUAAGGAGCUGGAGAAGGCCUUGGAUUCCUGCGCGCUGGAGCUGUCGCCCGUAGACGAGGUCUGGCCCAACUUGUACAUAGGCAAUGUAGCCAUCGCUCAGAACCGAGGCGGGUUGCGUAAGCUGGGCAUCACGCAUGUCCUGAACGCAGCCCACUCCAAGCAGGGCAGCUUAGGGGACCAGGAGUACUAUGGCAGCAGCGUUGUGUACUGGGGCGUCCCGGCAGAGGACUCCGACCAUUUUGACCUCAGUCAGCACUUCAAACCCGCAGCAGACUUCAUACACAAGGCCCUGAAGAGCAAAGAUGGGAAGGUCUUGGUGCAUUGCAUCAUGGGUAUAAGCCGCUCAGCCACAUUGGUGCUGGCGUUUCUGAUGCUGAGGCGGCGUCUCUCCCUCGCCGACGCCGUGAAUCAUGUGAUCCAGAGCCGAGCCAUCUACCCCAACAGGAACUUCCUGUCUCUGCUGCUCCACCUGGACCAACAGCUGGCCUCCAAGAGGAACAUGUGUGCCCUCUUUCACUUGAGAAAGAGCCAUAUUGCGGUAGACGGUCAAAGGUUCUGGUGGCGGCAGGCGGCGAGAAUCAUGUCUUCUUGCGUGGGGGUGAAGCCGCGCUGCGGGGGUAACCCGUACAAAGCCAUGCGUGUGGACCCCGGCAGCGACUACAUCACGCCCGGGACGCUGGACCUGGAGCAGAUGUUUUGGGCGGGCGCUGGAGCCCAGUACACACACGUCAACGAAGUUUGGCCCGGUAUCUACAUAGGAGAUGAGAAAACAGCCUUGGAGCGAGCUGCUCUGAAGAGCAUGGGCAUCACGCACAUCCUGAACGCAGCGGAAGGCAAGUGGAACAACGUAUCGACCGGCGCCGACUACUACCGAGACGACAUGGACAUCCAAUACUACGGGGUGGAUGCCGACGACAAGCCCACCUUCAACAUCGCCCAGUUCUUCUGUCCUGCCAGCCACUUCAUUCACGGCGCUGUUCAGGACCCACAGAGCAAGGUGCUGGUCCAUUGCGUAAUGGGGCGGAGUCGGUCAGCAUCGUUGGUCCUGGCGUACCUGAUGAUGGAGCAAGGCCUGAGCGUGGUGGGUGCCAUUGAGCACGUGCGCCAGCGGCGUUGCAUUCUGCCCAAUCACGGCUUCCUGAGGCAGCUGAGAGCGCUGGACAUUGCCUUGCAGUUGGAGAGGCUCAGGGAAAAGAAGACGCCAGACCGAUAACUUUCCAUGGGUUUAAUAUUGUCGACACCAUUUCCAACUGCAGGGACAAUUUGUUUGCAUGUCGUUGGAUUUCUUUCUCCACCAAAGCUUGAUGCCCACAGAAGUUACGUCCUUAAAUAAUUAGAUUCAAUUGAACCCUGACCAGAAAAAAAUCCCUCAUGAUCCAACAGAAAUGUGAUUUUUUUAAGUUUAGGAUUUUAACAGCCUACCAUUUAAAAACUGCAGAAACAAAUUUAACAAAAUAUGAUUUCUAAAAAAUAAAAAAAUUAUCAGUUUGACCAACUACUUAUUCUUAUCGUAAAUAAGCUUUCUUUGUCAGUUUAAGAAAAUACCGUAACAUAGUUAGCAUUUAACAAAAUAAAAGACCUUCCAUUCCAGGUAUUUUGAGGCCAUGUAGACAAACGAGUCACACUCGCAGGUUUUUCAGUCUUUUAAGGCAGAAGAAAAAAAGGCUAUCAAGGAGAGAUGGGCCCAGCUCUCUUGCACUGUGCUGAGCAAAGAUGGCGAGUAACUUCCAUGUAGUUAAACAAGAGUGUGGACAUCGUGCCUCAGCAAACUUGAGUAAAAAAAAAAAGAAUUAAAAAAAGGCAUCCGAAUCGACAGAGGCUUCUUCUCCGUACGAAGAGUUGAGGAAAAUUAAAUCG